CAAUAUCUCACUCUCAUCUUCUCAAAUGGCGACCUCUGUGGGGAACAACUUCAUGCCUCCGACUCUGAUCUCCAAUCUCCAGCAAGUUCUGAUCGCCAGAAAAAACGACACCGUAGAAUGCCAGUCCCACAAACCAACCGAAGCUGACGAGUCGAAAACGGAGAGCGAUUGCGCAAAGCCGGUGGUGUUGGUGACCAACGGGGAAGGCGUAGAGUCUCCCGGUCUCACAUUCCUCGUCGAAGCUCUCGUCCGUGAUGGUCGCUUCGACGUCUACUUGUGCGCUCCUCAAUCGGAUAGAUCGGUGUCCGGUCACUCGGUGACGAUCCGGGAAACGCUUUCUGCGUGUUCCGUUGAAUUCAGCGGUGCCACUGCUUAUGAAGUUUCUGGCAGUCCUGCUGAUUGUGUAUCUUUAGCUUUAUCUGGGGCAUUGUUUUCUUGGUCAAAGCCUGUUUUGGUCAUUAGUGGAGUAAACAAGGGAUCAAGUUGUGGUAACAACAUGUUCUACUCUGGGGCUGUUGCUGGAGCUAGGGAGGCAAUGAUUUGUGGUGUACCAUCUCUUUGCAUAUCAUUGAACUGGAAGAAGGAGGUGAGCUGUGAGAGUGAUUUGAAGGAUGCAGUCAUUGUUUGUUUGCCAUUAAUACAUGCGGCUGUGAGAGAUAUUGAGAAAGGAACUUUCCCUAAAAGUUUCUUGCUGAAUAUUGAGAUUCCCAGCUGUCCUUUGACAAACAAGGGCUUCAAGGUGACCAGGCAGAGUCUAUGGAGGUCCUCUCUAAGCUGGCAAGCUGUGUCAGCUAACAGGCAUCCCUCUGCUGGCCAUUUCAUGUCCAAUCAGCAAAGCCUUGGUAUGAAGCUGGCACAGCUCAGCCGAGAUGCCUCUGCUGCUGGUGCAGCACGUCGUUUGAACUCACAUCGGAAGAAUGUGGAGAUUGAAUCUGUUGGAGUAGCAGGAAAAUGCAAUUCCCAACAGACUCUGAAGAAAUACUUCCGUUUAGAGUUCGUAGAAAAGGAGCAGGAACAUGUGGAUGAGGAUCUAGAUUACAGAGCACUUGAAGAUGGAUUUGUUGCAAUUACUCCUAUGUCUUUAAAUCCAGCCAACUGGUUAGAGGGUCAAUCAAUGGUGUCAAACUGGCUUGCUGUUGCACUCGCAGAUGAACAAUAAAGCUUCCUAUGAAAGAAGGAAAAAAGGGAGCAAAGGAAGCUUCAUCUGCCUUAAGAGUAACGUGUAUAUGAGAGGACGCCCCACUCUUCUUAUAUCAAUGUCAAGCCAAUUCGUGGCAGGCAAUAUUUGAUUACAACUCAAACUAGAUGGUCCACACUGAUGUACACACGGCCUAUGGCCUUGUACAGAGGAUGUCUUUUCAGUUUUCAGCUCAACUAAUUUGGUGUGCUAUCGUGUUUCGCCAACCAAUGUUUUCGAGGUAGAGUUUGGGCCACGCGUCAAUGUUCAUUUACUGUCAUGUGAGCUCAGGCCCAGGGGCCAUUAAGGUUCCACGUCAGUAUCAACGAAGCCCAACCCACCAACUAUCUGUCAGCUCAACACGCCUACUCCUUCUGGGUGAAAAAACAUUAGACAUUCUAUCUUCCGAAACUAACACUUUUGAUGUUAUUUGACGCACAAUAAUCUCUAUAUAUCGAUUAUGAAUCUGCAUUCCCUGA